AUGGUUCGCAUCACUGCUGCUGCUGUCCUGGCUUUCGCCGUCUCCGCCCUCGCCCUGGCCCCCAACAACGCCGGCGCUAAGAGCGUUGGCGCCGGCGACGGCUCCCAGUUCACCACCGGCGGCUGCGUCAACGACGCCGACUGCCAGUCCGCGUGCUGCGCCGAGAUCUCCGCCUCCGGGCUCGGAAUCUGCUCCGCCGAGGCCGCCUCCACCCAGAACGGCAAGCUCGGCUGCGGCUUUGUCGACCCCAACGCCGACGCCACGAUCUCUGCUGCCAAGGCUCAGGUCGAGAAGCAGGGCUUCUAA